UGGGGGUGCCUUGCACAGGCUCCGGACACAAAACAGAAAUUCACGGGCAGAGGACUUCUCCCCCUUAGGCUCGCCUUCUCCCCGCCAGCCAGACACGGGAUUUUUCCACAGCACGCAAGAAGCCCCUUGCGUUUUAAACUUCCCCGAAUGUGCCGAACGCGAAACCCGGCCCCCUUGCUCGCCCUUUUGCCAAUCCCAGCUAGGAAAAGUUAGCAAUCAUGGCACUUGAGCUCUGCGAGAUUGGACUUUGGCUUUUAGAAGUGUGGAAUCGUGUUAUCGCACACACGCACACACAAAAAGGCGAAUGCUGCUUCCCUGCUCUUGGUGGAUGGAAAGGGGAGAAGUGCUAGAUCAGAGAGAGGAGGAAGAGACGUGCUUUCCCGUAAGAGUUUUCAGGCAAACGUACUUUCUCAAAUAAAUGUGCUGGAGGUUUGCGUCUCGUCCUGUUAGCGGAUCGAUUAAGGGGUGAAAAAGGAGGGAGGAUCGCCGGGCUCGGACCGAUGUCCCGCUGGAAAGGCCCUUUUGGUCCCUUCGGGCCGGGGCAGAGGGGGAUGGGCUGAAGGUCAGGCAAUUUGCAGAAUAUGCGUAAAAUAAGGGGAGGUUUUCCAGCGACUGGCUUUGUGAAGCUGAGUGGGUGCUUAUGGCAAGGCGAGAGGGGGGUAAUGUGCCUUUUGCCCGUCUGUCCCGGAGGUGUUGUCUCCAACCGUCUGCAGGGCUCCUGGCAUUAGCCGGGAGGGGGAACAAGGCUUCUUUAGCAUCUGUCGGGGGAGGGCAGGGGGGAAGAGUUAAAAGGAAACAUGGGUUUGACGUUCCUGAUAAGGCGGCCUCAGCAGCCCCCUCCCACCCCAGAGGAUGUCUCCUGGUUAUCUCCAAGUUGUCUGCACUUGCGGGACUGCCGGCGGCUCCCGCGGGCAAGGGGCUGCCGCCUCCCACCUGCCGCGCCGGGAUGGAGCCGGGAGCUGGGCAGGGAGCUCAGCGCGGAGCCUUCUCCUCCGCCCCCCACCUUGGCGUCUGAGCCGGUGUCGUCUUAAGCGCCUGCAGGAAUUCAGAUGUGUUCUAAGCCUGCCGGGGUGAGCACGCUUCUGGGCACUGAUGGAGACAAGAGCUCAGCACAGCAGCGGGUCACAGGCCUUGCAACAGGCUCGGCGUGACAGUGGGAGACCACACGGGGAGCCCGACCAGCGGGAUGUCCUGAUGCAGCAGGUUCACGUCUUGUCAUUGGACCAGAUCAGAGCCAUCCGAAACACAAAUGAGUACACAGAGGGACCUACAGUGGCUCCACGGCCAGGGAUCAAGUCCACUCCUCGGCUAGCAACCCAACCCAAAAAUGAAAGGCCCCAUGGCUUGCCUGAGCAUCGCCAUUUUAGCCGGAUUCAGCACACACAAAUACAUGCCUCUCCUCGAGCGCCUCUGUCUCGUUCUGUCAGCACAGUCAGCACAGGUUCACGGAGCAGUACAAGGACAAGUACGAGCAGUAAUUCAUCCGAACAAAGACUUCUCGGGUCAUCUCCAGGGCCAGCUGCUGAUGGGAUAGUCCGAAUGCAGCCCAAGUCUGAGUUCAAGUCAAGUGAGCUGAAGCCGCUGAGCAAAGAAGACUUGGGAGCACACAGCUACAGGUGUGAGGACUGUGGAAAGUGUAAGUGUAAGGAGUGCACUUAUCCAAGGACCCUCCCAUCAUGUUGGAUCUGUGACAAGCAGUGUCUUUGCUCAGCCCAGAACGUGGUUGAUUAUGGGACUUGCGUUUGCUGUGUGAAGGGCCUCUUCUAUCACUGCUCUAAUGAUGAUGAGGACAACUGUGCUGACAACCCCUGCUCCUGCAGUCAGUCACAUUGCUGCACUAGAUGGUCCGCCAUGGGUGUGGUGUCACUCUUUCUGCCUUGCUUGUGGUGUUACCUACCAGCCAAGGGUUGCCUUAAGUUGUGCCAGGGCUGUUAUGACCGGGUAAAUCGGCCGGGGUGCCGCUGUAAACGCUCCAACACCGUUUGCUGCAAAGUUCCCAGCGUCCCCCCCAGGAACUUCGAAAAGCCAACAUAGCAUCACUAGUCAGAAAUACUAAAGUGACAAGGAUUAUUUUAAAGUACAUAUGCAACCAACUAAGCAGCUAUGGUCUUGGCACUGUAGUAGAAGGGCUGGGGAAUCUACUUUGCUGUUUGCAGUGAAAUGCUUGCCUCUGUGUGCCAUCUUAACUGAUACGCUUGUUAGAAUCCAGCUAGUGGCAUACAGAAAAAAGAAAAAAAAAAGGGAUGCAGUACAUUGUGACCCACAUAUUGCAUAAGCUAAAGCAACACAGACACUCCUAGGCAACUCUAUUGUUUGUGAAUAGUACUUCCAAAAUUUGUAAAUUGGCAAAUGACUCCUUUUUUUCAUUGUUUUCUGCCAGAGAUAAUGUGCUAUAUUUUUGUAUAUACAAUAAUAUUUUCAACUGUGAAAAAUAAGUGGUGUCAUAAGACAUGGCACAGUCACAAAAUAUUAUACUAAUAUGUUGUACAUUCGGAAGAAUGUGAAUCAAUCAGUAUGUUUUUAGAUUGUAUUUUGUCUUACAGAAACCUUCUAUUACAAGACUCUGAUUUCCCUUUGGACUUCAUGUAUAUUGUACAGUUACAGUAAAAUUCAGCCUUUAUUUUCUAAUUUUUUCAACAUAUUGUUUAGUGUAAAGAAUAUUUAUUUGAAGUUUUAUUAUUUUAUAAAAAGAAAUAUUUAUUUUAAGAGGCAUCUUACAAAUGUCACCCCUUUUUAUGAGGACGUCAUAGUUGCUGCAAAUAAGGGGUGGACGAUGCAUAUGUUCACUAUAAAAUAGAAAAUAUAUUAACGUUUGAAAUUAAA